CUACCAUUGAGGUCUCGACAAGAACACCGUCUGCGAAAAUGCCCGGCUCUUCCAGGCUCCCCGUCAGCCUGCGCGACACAUUCCAAGCCCGGCGGGCGACACCGCGCGGCCAGCUCCUUGCGCUGAACCUCGACAUCAUCCGCAAUGUCAUCUUCAUCCUCUUCCUCCUGCGCUGGACGCGCCGCGCAUUCUACACGCUCAAGGGCCGCGGGCUCGUCGGCUCCACCGUCGACGCCUACGUCGCCGUGCGCCGCGCCCUGUACGGCUACUUUCUGCGCAUGCCGGGCGUGCGCACAAAAGUGCAGUCGCAGGUGUCCGAGGCGAUUCUGAAGCUCGAGCAGAAACUCGUUCCUACCGGCCCUGAUGUCGACCGCUACAUCACGCUGCCCGCCGACGGCUGGGACGAGGACAAGGUCAGGCAGGAGUUGGAGAAACUGAGCGACAUGAAACAUACCCGCUGGGAGGAUGGGAGGGUCAGUGGCGCCGUGUAUCAUGGUGGCGAUGAGCUCGUUAGGCUGCAAACGGAAGCUUUUGGCAAGUUUACCGUCUCUAACCCUAUUCAUCCCGAUGUCUUCCCGGGUGUUAGGAAGAUGGAGGCUGAGGUUGUCGCUAUGGUUCUAUCUCUGUUCAGUGCCCCCGAGGGUGCCGCUGGUGUUUCUACCAGCGGGGGCACUGAGUCCAUUCUUAUGGCUUGCCUGAGUGCCAGGAACAAGGCCUAUGCGGAGCGUGGUGUGACUGAACCAGAAAUGAUUCUCCCUGAGACCGCGCACACUGCUUUCCGCAAGGCCGGCGAGUAUUUCAAGAUCAAGGUCCACCUUGUCUCUUGCCCUGCGCCCUCCUACAAGGUUAACCUGCGCGGUGUCUCUCGUCUCAUUAACCCCAACACCGUCCUCCUUGUUGGUUCCGCUCCAAACUUCCCCCACGGCAUCGUCGAUGACAUCAGUGGCUUGUCGCGCAUUGCCGCUAGGAAGAACAUUCCCCUGCACGUCGACUGCUGUCUUGGCUCGUUCCUGAUGCCCCUUCUUGAGAAGGCCGGCUUUGAGAGCGAACCCUUUGACUUCAGACUCAGGGGCGUCACGAGCAUCAGCUGCGACACGCACAAGUACGGCUUUGCGCCCAAGGGCAACAGCACGGUUCUGUACCGCACCGAAGCCCUGCGCUCGUACCAGUACUUCAUCAGCCCGGACUGGUCAGGCGGCGUGUACGCCAGCCCGUCGAUUGCUGGCUCGCGUCCCGGUGCCCUGAUCGCCGGGUGCUGGGCGUCGCUGAUGUCAUGUGGCCAGGCCGGCUACGUCGACGCGUGCCACAAGAUUGUCGGCGCGGCCAAGACUGUCGAGAAGGAGAUCCGCAUGCACCCCACGCUCGCCGCCGAGCUCAAGGUCAUCGGCAAGCCGCUCGUCAGCGUCGUCGCCUUCACCAGCAACUCUCUCGACAUCUACGAUGUCGCUGACGCCAUGGGCGCCCGCGGCUGGCACCUCAAUGCCCUGCAGAACCCGCCCGCCAUCCACGUCGCCGUCACCCUGCCCAUCGUCGCCGCGACGGACAAGCUGGUCUCCGAUUUGGUUGAGUGUGUUGAGGAGGUCAAGGAGGCGGAGCGCAAGCGCAUUGCUGAAGGUAAGGGCGCCAAGGGUGCUGUCAAGGGUGAUGCGGCGGCGCUGUAUGGUGUUGCGGGUAGCUUGCCAAACAAGAGUGUUGUGGUCGAGUUGGCGAGGGGAUUCUUGGAUACUCUGUACAAGGCGUAGGGUUGAGAUUGAUGGGGAUGAUGGCGUGGGGAGUCGUUGUAACUAGAAGUUGUAUAGCCCUGCAUGGUCAUAGCAUAAGUAGCGUAUUUUUGAAUUCGAAAUGCGUUUAACCAUAUUGGCUCGCUUAAUUCCGCUGAGCGCAGGGUUAUGACGGUGGUUUCCAGAGCAUCAAAUAAAGCAGGUUCCUGCGUCGUUCAUACAUCACGUUGGACCUGUUUUCGAGGUAACUGUUUAUAGGAAUUCGGAUGAAAGGAGGCACGGUCACCGUCGUGAGCAGGGCAUAGAAGUAGAAUGCGCAAUUCGAACCC